AUGUUGGUUGAACCGUCUUCUUCUUUAGCGAGACGAAGGAGAGGUUUGGCGAGGCGAAACGACGUGAGGAACUUGGCGAGUUUUUUACGUUUCGACGACUUUUCUCCUUUGACGACGACGGAAACGACGAGAAAGAAGCUCAAAAGAGGAGAAGAUGGAGAGGAUCUUACCGACGAGUUUGAGGAGGAGAAGAAGAAACAAACGGACGAGGAUAUCAUCGUGUAUUACCUCACGUGCGCGGAACGAGGCGAGCGACCAAAAAGAGAGUUUUUCAUGUGCGAACGGAAAAGUUCCUACGAGAAAACUGUGGCCGACGCGAGUGGGAAAGAACCCUACGACGCGUACGCGUUGGUUGAAAUCGACGAGAAGGAAAGGAAAAGGAGAGAACGAGAAGAGAAGAGAGGGUUCUUCAAUGCGUCUUCGUCGAAAGAGGAUUUGUUUAUCGUUUCCGCGACGGCGGUGGUGCACCACCCGGCGGAUGGGUCGGCGAGUAAAUGUUACGCGUUGUCCGAGUGGAUGCGAGAGAAGCAUUUGGUACGCGCCAUGCGAUGUUUGUCGACGUACGCGAGGUAUAGGGAGAGAAAGGCGAUACGGAUUUGGAGAGCGGAAGUGAGAAGAAGAAUGUUUGAGAGGACAAGGAUGCAGAUUGAGAAGAGAGCGUUCGUGGCGUCGGAGAGGUUUGCGCCGGCGAUGCAAAAGUUGUUUGCGAUUGCGAGCGCGAUUGACGAAACGUCGUUCGUGCCGAAACGAGAUGGUUUUGCGUAUACCGCAGAGGCGUUUAAGACGCAUUGCGAUACGCACAGAGUCAAAGUUGUGCAACCUGUAAUUGAUUUGAAAGUAGAAGAGGCGACGAGGGUAGCGAACAGAGUGAACGCAUCGGUCGUGAGAAGUUGCGCAAUGUUAGGCAGCGGCGGUAUGGAAACAGAUUCCGUCGAAAAGGAGGAGGAAGAAGAAGGUGAUGGAGACGAGGAGAGCGACGAGAGGAUGGUAAAAGAGGAGGAGUGUAUCACAAAAGAAGUAGAAGAAGAGUUUUCUGCGUCGGCAUUACUGAUGGCACCGGCGCCGUCACUGUCUUCUUCCACUUCACUCGCCGAGGAAGCUUCGAAAAUGCGAAAGCGCGAGAAAACGCGGAAAAUACUCGAAAGGGAGAAGGAUCGACUGGGUCAUUUUACAAGAUUUUGCGAUUUAGUCGUCAAUUCGCAACUCGCAGAAAGCGUCAUCAAAGUAUCAGAAACGGUUUUUAAUGAAAUCAAUACGGUACAAGCGGACGAGAAUAACAAUGACGGCGUGUUUGUUGUAGAAGCUUUGUUCCCGGCGAUUGCCGGCGUCACCACCGCGUUGACGCCAGAGUUUGAUGCGCUGUUGGAGAAUAUUGAGAAGUCUUCGCGCUCACAUUCGUUACAACUCGUGAAUUCUGUGCCGAGAAUUUUGAGCGCCACUGCAACUUCGCUUCCAGCGGAUGCAGACGUACCCUUUCUCGCGCAAACGUUUUCGGCGUCGAAGAUAGCUAAAGAGAGCGCGCGAGCGCACGAAGCGAUGGAAAAGGCGCGGAGUAGAUUACGCGAAGAUUUCGAUAAAGCCAUCGAGUAUUGCGCGUUGACGCAAUUUAUGAACGCUCGCGCGAUAUAUGAUUUUGGCGAAACGAAUCCGACUCGAGAACUCGUGAAAGUAGAAGGCAAAAAUAAGCCACCGUCGACGGAGGACUUUACUUCUGCGCUUUCGAUUGUCGCCGCAUGGACUGCUGAUAUCGAUUCUAUCGAGAAAUCGCGCCAAAUAGGAUCGCUGCGCGUCGACACUUCUCAAAUUAAAAAAAUUGUGACGCCAAUCUGUGCCGAAGCUGCGAUUAAAGUGAAGGAGAGAUUAAUUACAACAGCAAAAGCAAAAACGGUAGCCUUGCUUAGCACGUUGGAAGCGUCCAUGGAGAUGUUGCGAGACUAUCCCAAGACUGGACGAGAAGAAAGUGACGAAGGUCACUGUGAACAAGACGUCAAAAAAGAUGACGAGACAGGCGGACAAGUUAGUAUGAACGCGGAAGAUGGCGCAAUAGACACUAGAAAUGACGAAUCAGCAAAAGUGGCGUCGGGGGCGCUUGACGAAAGCGUUCGCUAUAAACGAACUGUGGUGAAAGCAGCAGAAAAUGUUCGUUCGUUCGAAAUGGAGUCUGUUUCGAUUGAAACGAUGUAUUCACUCGCAUCAACGCAUUCGGUGAAGAUUCCGGCGCACGAUCAGGUUAAACUUGAUGAUUUGCGCGUCGCUGUAGAGGAACAUGGCAAGGCGUUGGAAGACGCGAAAACCUACUUGGAUACACGCGACGAAGCAAAUAUCGCGAUUUUAAAGUCAGAAUCCGAACGUUUAGAGAAGAGUGGCGAAGAAAUUUUUGAGCAACUACCAGGAGGACCUACUGGUGAAGAGGUUAUGAACGAGUGUAUUCUUCCCUCUGUGGUGAUUGAAUCGUUGAAAGAAACGAGAAUGCGAUUAGACGGUAUGCGAGAUCGCGCCGCCGCUUUGAAGUCGUACGCCGAAACUUACUCGUUAUCCUCGGUUGAGUCCGAUGCGAGAGACGGUGUGGAGGGGGAGAAUAUUGCUUCGAAUGUAUCGAGUGCGUUUAAUUUCCGAGCGCUCGACGACGCCAAUCGCGAAUUGACAAUAAGAGAAACCGCAUGGGAACAAUUGAAUACGUUCCAAUCCAUUUCCACAGAAUGGAUGCAUUCUGCCAUCGUAGACGUUAACGUAGAUAGUGUUCUCGAAAAGAUUGAAAAGACAAAGGUACAAUUAGGAAAGUUGAAACGCAUGAGGAAAGACAAACGCGAUGAAGUAGUAUCACGUUUGGAUAAGUGCGUUCAAAACUUCGAGGCAACGUUACCGGCGCUUGAAACGUUAUCGAGCGACGCGUUGAAAGAACGGCAUUGGAAAGAUAUUCGAGAAUUACUCAACGUAGUAGAUGACAACCAACCUGUACUGGCAUUGGACGAUACCACGGAAGAUAAGUUUAUAUCAUCUGAGUUGUCGUCAGAUUCGCCUACGUCAACAGAGACGUUAUCUGAGACAAAAAAUAGCUCCUCUUCCACGCUUACCUUGGAGAAAGCUCUGGAAGCUGGUUUACAAUCAAAAAUCGAUGUUAUCCGCGAUAUCGUCGCGCGCGCUUCGAAGGAAAAUGCGCUAGAGUCCGCUUUAAUAAAAAUGGAGAAAGAUUGGGAUGGUAUAGAUUUCGUGUGUACGCCAUACAAGGAUACUGGCACGUGCGUCCUCGGCGGAACGGAAGACGCUCAGGCGCUUCUGGACGAUCAACUCGUGAAGACCCAAUCCAUUCGCGCGUCUCCAUUUUCGCAGCCGUUCGGCGACCGCGCAGUAGUUUGGAGCGAGACCCUGCAGCGUUUACAAGAUACGCUCGAUCAGUGGGGAUCGUGUCAAGCGACUUGGCAAUACUUGGAGCCAAUUUUUGCCUCUGAAGAUAUCGUGAAGCAGAUGCCCGUAGAAGGGGAAAAGUUCAAGUCUGUGGAUCAGAUGUACCGUAACGUCGUGGAUGCAACCGCAAAGAAUCCGUCGGCGAUACAAUGCGGCAGAGAUGAAACGCGAUUACAAAGUUUGGAAGCCGCAAACACGUUACUCGAUGAAAUUCAGCGAGGUUUACAAUCCUACCUGGAGUUGAAGCGCAUCGCAUUCCCGCGCUUCUUCUUUCUCUCGAACGACGAGAUGCUCGAGAUAUUGAGUGAAACAAAAGAUCCACGCAGAGUGCAACCGCAUUUGAGAAAGUGCUUCGAAGGUAUAGAUUCCGUGACUUUUGAAAAAAAUGAAGAAGACGAUCGAGAAUAUAUUGUUGCCAUGAAUUCUGUCGAAGGCGAAGAAGUGCCGUUCAACACGUUUAUAGAACCGGCAAAGGCUAACGGUGCCGUCGAAAGAUGGUUAUGCGAAGUCGAAACGUCAAUGUUAGAAGCAGUUGAGAAACAGUGCGCUGCUGGAGUUCGCGCGUAUGCGACCACGGAGCGGAAAAAAUGGGUGUUGGAAUGGCCCGGUCAAGUGGUAUUACUUGGGUCGCAGAUUUAUUGGACUCGCGACAUCGCCGAAGCUUUACGAAACGAAAAAUCCAAUCCAGGGAGCGUGAAGAAAGCCGCGGAGAAGUGCGAUCGGCAAUUGAAAGAGAUUAUCGAGUUAGUGAGAGGUGACCUGACUCCUUUACAGCGUAAAACGCUCUCUGCUUUGGUGGUCAUGGAUGUCCACAAUCGAGACGUGGCCCGUAAGCUUGCCGAAGAUGGCGUAUCCUCCGAACGCGAUUUUUCCUGGUUGUCACAGUUGCGUGCGACGUACGAAUUGAAGAAAGUGCAAAAAGAUGACGGUUCGUACGAUAGAAAAGAGACCGUGAUGUUGCGCAUGAUGAAUGCUUCCGUCGAAUAUGGUUACGAAUACCUAGGAAACUCGUCGCGCCUUGUGAUUACGCCGUUAACCGACCGCUGCUAUCGUACGCUCAUGGGAGCAAUUCAUCUCAACUUGGGAGGUGCACCGGAAGGUCCAGCUGGUACUGGUAAAACAGAAACAACCAAAGAUCUCGCAAAAGCGCUGGCAAGACAGUGCGUUGUUUUCAACUGUUCCGAUUCUUUGGACUAUUUAACGAUGGCACGAUUCUUCAAAGGUUUAGCUUCGUCCGGUGCGUGGGCGUGCUUCGAUGAAUUCAAUCGCAUCGAUUUGGAAGUGCUAUCUGUUGUAGCCCAGCAAGUGCUUGAGAUUCAAAUCGCCGUGAAGAAUAACGUGAAGAAGUUCUUCUUUGAAGGUUCAGAACUUACGUUGCGUCCGACGUGCAAUGUGUUCAUCACGAUGAACCCUGGUUAUGCGGGUAGAUCCGAACUUCCAGAUAACUUGAAAGCGCUCUUCCGAACAGUAGCUAUGAUGGUUCCUGACUACGCGUUGAUUUCUGAGAUUUUGCUCUAUUCUGAUGGGUAUCUUAACGCGCGAGCGUGUGCGCGAAAGAUUGUAGCGACGUAUCGUUUGUGUUCAGAACAGCUUUCUUCUCAGGAUCACUACGAUUAUGGCAUGCGUGCCGUCAUUGCUGUGCUCAGGGCCGCAGGCAAUUUGAAGCGAAAGCAUCCAGAGGAGUGUGAAUUUGUUUUGACGUUACGUGCCAUCAUCGACGUGAACUUGUGUAAAUUUCUCGCCCACGACGUUCCUUUGUUUUAUGGCAUCGUCGGUGAUUUAUUCCCCGGGGUUGUUCUACCGAAAACAGAUUACGAAAAUCUGCACGCUGCUGUGAUUGAUCAGUGUACUGCGAGGAAUUUACAGCCCACGGAGUAUUUUUUGACCAAGAUUACGCAAUUGUAUGAGAUGAUUGUGGUUCGACACGGUUUGAUGCUAGUCGGCGAGACGAUGAGUGGAAAAUCAUCAGCGUUGGCUGUAUUAGCUGGUGCCCUUACAGAUUUACACGAGAAAGGACUGAACGAUGAGAAAGAGGUCAUUGCGACGUAUUUAAAUCCAAAGGCAGUCACGAUGGGACAACUUUAUGGUGAAACAGAUAACGUGACACAAGAGUGGAGAGAGGGGGUGUUGGGUUUACACUUCCGUAAACUCGCGAAUAUGCGCGAAACCCACAUCAGAAAAUGGCUCGUUAUGGAUGGUCCCGUCGAUGCAAUUUGGAUCGAGAACAUGAACACAGUUUUAGACGAUAAUAAAAAGUUAUGCCUCCCGAAUUCUGAGAUUAUUGCAAUGACGGGGUUGAUGAACUUGAUUUUUGAGGUUGCCGAUUUGGCCGUGGCGAGUCCGGCGACGGUAUCUCGAUGCGGUAUGGUUUACAUGGAACCCGCUGAAGUUGGAUGGAAGCCGCAAUUCAAAUCGUGGGUAUCUGAAGCACGUGUAAUGUACGGAAACGAAGCGCACGAUCGCCUAUCGACAUUAUUUGAAACGUUUCUCCCGGCAUCGGUUGAGAAAGUCGGCGAGUUGAAGAAGAUCUCCCCGGCGGGCGAAGGAAAUCUCACGGCAUCGCUUACGCGCCUAUUUGACGCGACGCUGAAAGAUUUGAUCACAGGAUAUGAAAAUAGUUCUGACGUGAGUAACGACGCUGCGCAUACGGCUGGAAUUGCGAGCGACGAAAGCGAGUCGAGCGUCGUGUCUCGUUAUCUUAACCCACCUAUUACUGCGAUUGACGCCUCGUUCCUAUUCGCCUUGGUGUGGUCUGUUGGUGGAUGUGUCGAUACAAAGAGCAGAUCAGCAUUUGAUACGUUCUUAAAAUCUGCAAUUGCGUCCAAAACCAGUUCUCUGUCAUGUCCGGAAACAUUUUGGCGCGAUGAAAGUGCCACCGUCUACGAUUUCAAAAUUUCCGCUCCCAAAGGAGCCGGUGUUGAACGUUUGCACGGUAUUGCGUGGCAAAAAUGGAUUGACUCUAUUCCGGCGCAAGCUCGAAUUAUUCCAAAAGACCUUCCUUUUGAUGCAACAAUUGUUCCAACGAAAGAAACGGCUACGUGCGAUCACUUGCUCGAUUGCGCUUUGCGGCAUGGGUACCCGAUACUCUUCUGCGGCCCCACGGGUACUGGAAAAUCAACCAUCGUACAGCGCAGAUUACGCUCCUUAGAUAAGAGUAAAUGGCAACCGACAACUAUUGGGUUUUCUGCGAGAACAUCUGCGAACGCUACACAAGCGCAAGUGGAUGGACGUCUCGAUAAGAGGCGAAAAGGUGUAUAUGGACCAAUUCCAGGUGCUAAGGGCGUAUUCUUUAUCGAUGACGUUAAUAUGCCGCAACGCGAAUCGUAUGGCGCGCAACCUCCUAUUGAAAUUCUUCGACAAUUCCAUGAUUACGGAGGUUGGUACGGUAGAGACAACGCGUUUGUAACACUCCAAGAUAUCCAAUUCGUCGCCGCGAUGGGUCCAGCCGGUGGAGGUAGAAAUCCAGUGACGGAGCGGUACUUGCGUCACUUUUCACUCGUUUCAGUUCCGGAAGUAGACGAAUCGGCUUUGAAAGGAAUUUAUAACGCCAUUUUAUCGCAACACUUUCAGAACUGCGAGUUUCAUAAUUCUAUCGUCAACAUGGCUCCGGACGCCGUUUGCGCUACGCUGGUCGUAUACCAAACUUGCCUCGAGAAGUUACUUCCUACGCCGGAGAAAUCGCACUAUUCGUUCAAUUUGCGAGAUUUUUCGCGAGUCGCGCAGGGUUUGACUAUGUUACCGCUCUCGCAAGUGGAGAAUGAGAGCGAUUUUGGCCGACUUCGAAUCACGAGACUGUGGACUCACGAAAUAUUGAGGGUCUUUGGAGAUCGCUUAGUUGACGUAGCGGAUGAAAGAAUACUGGUUGACUCCAUGCGGGUCGCUGUGUCAACACAUUUCCGAGAAAACUUCGACGGCUUGUUUUCACACUUGAAUAUGAACGAUACGAAACUUUUGGCGUUUGGUAAAUAUGCAAAUCCACCGAAAAUACGCGAUGAAUUCGACGACGACGACGACGACGACGCGAACAAUCUCGAGCUACAAGUACCUCCUCCAAGUUACGAAGAACUUUCUGGAGAUGCUCAUAGUUGGGUUUCAAUCAUGGACGAGCAUUUGAACUAUUACAAUCAUUAUUCAAAACAGCCUAUGAAUAUUACCAUGUUUGUUUACGCCGCGGAGCAUAUUUCACGAAUUUGCCGCAUUUUAGCACAACCUGGUGGACACGCUCUCUUGGUUGGCGUCGGUGGUUCGGGACGCAAAUCGCUCGCAAGACUAGCUGCGCAUGCGAGUGGAGAAAUGUUCGUGAAAGAAAUUGAAAUGACAAAGACGUAUGGUAUGCUCGAAUGGAGGGAAGAUUUGAAAAAUAUGCUGCGUAUGUCUGGCGGGGAGAACCGAGACGUCGUCUUCUUAUUCAGCGACGCGCAAAUAAAAGACGAGGCAUUCAUCGAAGAUAUCAACAACUUACUCAACGCCGGUGAGAUUCCAAACGCUUUUCCAACGGACGAGAAGGCUCAAGUUUUAGAAAUGGUUCGAAAAGAUGCCACGAAAGAAAUUGGAGAGGAUGCCACGCAAUCGGAGCUGUGGGCGUACUUCGUAUCGAGGUGUCGCCGUAAACUUCACGUCGUUCUGUGCUUAUCUCCGGCCGGCGAGGCUUUCCGAGAACGUUUGCGUCAAUUUCCGUCGUUGGUCAAUUGCUGCACUAUUGAUUGGUUCAAAGCGUGGCCGGAAGAUGCCUUAGAAGCGGUCGCCGGUAAGAUUCUCCGGGAAUCCGUGGAUGGUAUUUCGGCCGAGGCCGCGAGUGCGCUUACGAGUGUGUGUGGUAUCAUGCACUCGUCCGUGGCAGAGUUAUCUGAACGGUACUACGCGAGAACUGGACGGAAGAAUUACGUCACGCCAACGAGUUAUCUCGAACUUUUGAGCACGUUUGCGAGUUUAGUGGGUAAGCGAAGAGAGGAAACUAUGCGAUUGAAGAGACGAUACGAAGUUGGUCUGGAAAAGCUCGCAUCUUCGGCAGAGCAAGUUGCGGGCAUGCAAAGUGAACUCGAAGCUCUGCAACCGAAGCUGAAAGAGUCCGCAAUUGAAGUCGCCGAAAUGAUGAAAGAAAUUCAAAACGAGAAGGAGACAGUAGUCGAGCCGAAACGUAAGAUUGUCGAAGCCGAUGAAGCCGUCGCCGCGGAAAAAGCUAGGGAAGCUAACGGAGUGAAAGAAGAAUGCGAGAACAUAUUAGCAGAGGCCAUGCCUAUUCUCAACGACGCUAUUGCCGCCUUGGAUACGUUGAAACCGGCGGAUAUUAAUUACGUGAAACAGUUGAAAAACCCGCCGGCGAUUAUUAAACUCGUCCUCGAAGCCGUCUGUGUCAUUUUAGAAGUCAAACCAGCUCGGGCAAAAGAUCCAGACACGGGUCGCACUGUCGAUGACUACUGGAAACCAUCGUGUGGAUUACUAAACGACAAAGAUUUCCUGGAAACGCUUAAAUCGUACGACAAAGAUAACAUACCGAUAAAAGUCAUACAGAAAAUUCGAUCAGUAUACAUCUCGAACCCGUUGUUCACGCCUGAAAAAGCUGCGAAUGCGUCGAGCGCUGCCGAAGGUUUGUGCAAAUGGGUUUGUGCAAUGGACAAGUACGAUAAAGUUGCAAAAAUCGUCGCCCCGAAGCAAGAAGCGUUGAAGGAAGCCGAAGCGGCGUACGAUGAAGUCAUGGUGGGAUUAAACGCCACCAGAGCGGAUUUGAAAACGAUAUUAGAUAAGCUCGAAGCUAUGGAGACAGAGUUGAAGAAGCAGAACGAUAAAAAAGCUAACCUCGAAGCAGAAGCGAAUUUGUGCGCAGUAAAGUUACAACGCGCCGAGAGUUUGAUUUCAGGUUUAGGCGGCGAGCGCGCUCGUUGGAAGAAAAAAGCGGAAGAUCUCGGUCGACAGUAUGAAAAUAUUGUUGGCGACGCGAUCCUUUCCGCCGGUACUAUCGCAUACUUGGGUGCAUAUCCAAUGUCUUGCAGACAAGAGAUGCAUGAUAUGUGGAUGCAUGAGCUCAAUAAAUCGAAAAUAAUCUGUUCGACUAAAUGCGAGUUGAUUGACAUUCUCGGCGAUGCCGUCAGAAUUAGGGAAUGGCAAGUUGCGGCGUUGCCAAACGAUCAAUUCUCCAUUGAGAACGCCAUCAUAAUCGAAAAUGCGAGACGUUGGCCUCUUAUGAUUGAUCCACAAGGGCAAGCAAACGCUUGGAUUAAAAAUAUGGAGAAGAAGAAUAACCUCAGAGUCGUGAAACUGUCUGAAGAUGGAGCGCAUAUGCGGGAACUCGAAAACGCCAUUCAGUUUGGUACGCCGGUAUUACUAGAGAACGUCGGAGAAGAACUCGAUCCAAGUCUAGAGCCUUUACUUUUGAAGCAAACAUUUAAAAGCGGAGGCGUGACGUGUAUGCGAUUGGGAGACGCAACAGUUGAGUAUUCGGAAGACUUUAGACUUUACAUUACGACGAAACUUCGAAACCCGCACUAUUUACCGGAGACGGCGGUGAAAGUGACAUUGCUCGAUUUCGCAAUCACACGAGAAGGUUUGAGCGAUCAACUUCUCGCCUUGAUCGUUGCAAAAGAACGCCCGGAUCUGGAAAAGCAGAAAGAUGAGCUCGUUACGCAAUCUGCGAAGAAUGCGCGAGAGUUGAAACAGCUGGAAGAUCAGAUUCUAGAGGUUUUAUCAAACUCUGACGGCAACAUCCUCGACGACGAGCGUGCGAUUAAAAUUAUUACAGACUCCAAGUCGGUCUCUGAAUCCGUUACGCAAGCUCAAGCUGAGGCAGAAGAGACUGAGAAAGACAUUAACGCUGCAAGAUCUGCGUACUCAAGUUCUGGAUCUUACGCAGCUUUACUCUUUUUCUGCAUAUCAGAUUUGGCUGCGAUUGAAUCGAUGUAUCAGUACUCGCUGCAAUGGUUCUCGCGAUUAUUCAUCGCCUCUGUCGUAAACUCCAAAUUUGAGAAAGGUACAUCAGUAUCAUCAUCAGUGGAGGAGACCGCCGUCGAAGAUUCGGUCGAUACUCGACUGAGAGAUAUCCGAACGCACUUCACGAAAAGUCUCUACGAUAAUGUCUGCCGCUCGCUCUUUGAAUGCGAUAAACUUCUGUUCUCGUUCUCGCUGUGUUCGCGCAUUUCUCGGGACGAAGGGAUGCUCGACGGACAAGAGUGGAACUUUCUACUCACGGGCGUUCAGAUUGGAUCAAAAGUUGACAAGAAUCUAGUAGAAGAACUCGUACAAACUGUGGACUGGAUCGAUGAAAAGCGCGCGAAUGAUUUUGCUAAUUUAUCCUUUCUUCCGAGAUUUUCGGAUAUUUGUGAAAGUAUUUUAGAUACAACCAAUAUCGAAUCGCAAGAAACGUGGAAAGCUGCGUAUGAUAGUCCUACUCCGCACGAAGCUGCUUUCCCGAAACCGUAUGACACGCUUUCUGAAUUCAGUCGUUUGUGUAUUAUUCGUUGUUUGCGCCCGGAUAAGCUUAUCCCGGCUGCUCGUAAAUAUGUCGGCGCGACGCUUGGCGAAAAGUUCAUAACGCCUCCAACUUUCGAUUUGGAGAAAUGUUACGCAGAUGCAGGACCGCGUGCACCGCUAGUCUUUGUCUUGUCCGCAGGUUCAGAUCCAAUGGCAAAGCUCUUACAGUUUGCGGCGUCGAAAGGGGAGGCCGAUGCGGUGAAAUCGAUCUCGCUCGGUCAAGGCCAAGGCCCCAAGGCAAAGAAGCUCAUCGAUGAAGCUCGCGUAAACGGCGGUUGGGUUGUUUUACAGAAUUGUCAUCUAGCACCUUCGUGGAUGAAAGCUUUGGAGAAAAUAUGCGAAGAUUUAGUCGCUGGUGAAGGUGAAGCGCACAAUAGGUUCAGAUUGUGGAUGACGUCGUAUCCGUCGAAAGACUUUCCGAUGACGAUUUUACAGAACGCGGUGAAAAUGACCAACGAGCCGCCCAGAGGGAUCCGAGCGAAUGUGAAACGCGCUUUAAGUGUACAGCCGCUUUGCGAUGAUGACUUUUUCGAUAAAUGUGCAAGGCCUAACGAGUUUAAGCGAUUGUUAUUUUCGUUGUGUUUUUUUCACGCCAACGUUCAAGAACGACGAGCGUUUGGGCCUAUCGGUUGGAACGUUCCGUAUGGCUUCGACGACGGUGAUUUAUCGAUAUCUGCACGACAACUAAAAAUGUUCCUCGAUGAAAAAGACGAGGAUGAAGAGGAUGGUAGCAUCGAAGACGAAGCUACUGGUGGUGCUGCCACUACCGUUGCCGAUGAUGACGAAAAAGCGCUCGUAUCGAAAGCAGUCUCGAAGUUACCUCUCGAGGCUUUACGUUAUUUAGCCGGUGAAUGUAACUAUGGAGGCAGAGUAACAGACGCUAACGACCGCAUUCUGCUCGCGACUAUUCUUGAAAAGUGCUACUCAGAAGAAGCCGCGUCGUCGAAUAAUUUUGCGUUAUCCGCCUCUGGAAAAUACGCAACUCCGUCCAUCUUGAAUCCAAGUCGCGCGCAGCUUCUCGAACACGUGGACGCAUUACCCGCUUUACCAGAACCAGAGGUUUUUGGUUUGCACGCGAACGCUGACGUCUCUAAAGAUCGCGCGGAUGCAGAGGCGAUGUGUCGAGAUCUACUAAAAAUGUCCGGCGAUAGCGCGAGCGAGGAAACAAACGAGAAUCUCGAGACAGAAGAAAGUGAUGAACACGCAACGAAGGAAAAGGAUGACUGCGAAGAAGAUUCAUCUAGUACCACCACAAAUGAGGCUGCGGAUACGAACACUGCGUUAAAAGAAGUCAUCAACGACGCAAUCGCCCGUCUUCCGUCUAAUUUUAAUGUCGAAAAGACGCGAGAAAAGCUCCCUGACGCCUACGCGGAUUCUCUCGGAACAACUUUGUGUCAAGAAAUGUCCCGAUAUAACAAGCUUUUGCUCAACAUCCGAAAAUCUUUACACGAGAUUGAAGCCGCUCUCGCCGGACGCGCAGCUUUCUCAGCCGAGUCCGAAGCGUCGAAGAAAGCAAUCGAGCGCAACGCCGUUCCGGAAGCCUGGAAAAAAGUGAGUUAUCCGUCGCUCAAACCUUUCUCCUCGUACUUUGACGACCUCUUGGAGCGUUGCACCAUGCUCGAGACUUGGGAUAGGAAUGGAAAGCCACCCGCGGUGUUUUGGAUCUCUGGUUUCUUCUUCGCGCAGUCGUUCUUAACGGCCGCGUUGCAGAACUAUAGCCGCAAACACAAACUCCCCGUGGACGAAAUAGCGUUCGAUUUUGAGCCAAUCAAAGGCGACGCGAGUGAUAUUACCGAACCACCCGAAGCUGGAGUGUACGUCUCCGGUCUAUUCUUAGAAGGAUGCGGGUGGGACGAAGAAAACAUGCAACUGGUUGAAUCGGAGAAAAACGUCUUACACUCGAAAGCGCCUAUAUUUUGGUUCAAGCCGAGAAAAGCAGACGAGAUUAAGCAAAACGCGAGGUACGAUUGCCCUUGCUAUCGAACGGCAGAAAGAAGAGGUACGCUCGCGACGACUGGACACUCGACAAACUUUGUCAUGCACAUGAAAAUGCCCACGAAAGAACCCGCGGAACACUGGAUUAAAAGAGGAGUGGCGUUGGUGACCCAACUCAGCGAGUAA